CCUUCCCCUCCCCUCCUUGUCUGCUAAACGGGUCAGCAACCUCUAAACAAGCACACACCUUUUUAUUUGUGUUCUCUUUUUUAAAAAAUAACAAAAACGUCGCCUUAGCCUUUUUAAAAAAAAAAUUGUUUCUAAUCGAAUCGCGUUCUGUGUAGACCUCAUCAUGGCGGCGAGUGCGAAGCGAAAGCAAGAGGAGAAACACCUGAAGAUGCUGAGGGAAAUGACGAGUUUGCCUGCCAACAGAAAGUGCUUUGACUGCGACCAGCGCGGUCCCACCUAUGCCAACAUGACGGUGGGCUCCUUCGUCUGCACCUCCUGCUCCGGCAUCCUACGGGGUUUAAAUCCACCCAACAGAGUCAAGUCCAUCUCCAUGACAACCUUCACACAACAGGAAAUAGAGUUUCUUCAGAGACACGGUAAUGAGGUAUGUAGACAGAUCUGGCUUGGCCUUUAUGAUGGGAAAACCACCUCAUUGGCGGAUUUUAGAGAACCACAGAAAGCCAAAGAGUUUCUUCAAGAAAAAUAUGAGAAGAAGAGAUGGUAUGUACCUCCUGAACAGGCUAAGGUGGUGGCAUCAGUGCAUGCUUCUGUUUCUGGAUCUUCAAACAGUAGCAACAGCAGUACUCCGGAGGUUAGACCUCUUAAGUCCCUCCUGGGGGACUCGGCCCCUACCCUGCACCUCAACAAGAACACCCCACCUAAUCAGUCUCCCGUGACCAGCCGUGGACAAACGCACCAGCAGCAUGACAAGAAGUUUGACCUCCUCAGUGACCUGGGCGGAGACAUCUUUGCUGGCCCACCAAAAAUGAACGCAGGCGCCGGCUCGGGUUUUGCAAACUUUGCACAUUUCAACAGCCACACAACGGCACAGAAUAGCAACACAAAUGCAGACUUUGCUAAUUUUGAUGCAUUUGGGAGCACCCCUGGGUCGAUGUGUGGGUUCCCCUCAGCACCCCAAGCCCCGUUCCAAGCCUCGAACGCAGGUAGUGCUUCAGGGGGACUAGCAAAUGCCUCCUUUGCACAUUUUGACAUCUUCCCCAAAUCAUGUAGUGCCGACUUUGGAUCCUUCAGUUCGUUCUCCCAGAGUAACUCCACAGGAGCAAGCGGGGACGCUGUUCAGAGUACUAGCGUCCCUGCCGAUAGAUAUGCAGCCUUCGCUGACCUGGAUAACACGUGUAGCUCUGGCAAAACAGAGCAAGGAGGUACCACUAUUCCACCCGGGGUGCCUCAGAACCAUCGAGCGCUUGGACCAGGAGGGGACCGCUACGCUGCUUUAGCUGAGCUGGAUACAGUUUUUGGCCCGCCUGCCCCCUCUAGUGUUUACAAUAACAACAGCAGCAGCACACAAGGGGCUGCUUUUAGCUCCGAACCUGGAGUAUCCACAGCCCAAGCACAACAGGUCCUACCUGGUAUGGCUCAAGGAUUUGGGGCCCAGUCAAGUAAUCCCUUUGUAGCGGCUGGUGUCGCCACAGCACCAGCACCAGCACCAGCCAACCCAUUCCAGAUCAACAGCAGAGUCGCAAGUGUGGCCGCAGCAGCCGCAUUUGGCACAGCGUCCUUGAGCAUGCCUGCUGGAUUUGGCAACGCUGCAGCCUACAACCUCCCCACCAGUUUUAGUGGAACCUUUCAGCAGCCUUUUCCUGGCCAGGGGCCCUUCUCCCAACCGCCGCCGUAUCCCCAGCAAACCAAUGGUGGAGGAUUUUCAGUCUUUGGCCAGGGCAAGCCAGUGGGGACUCCUUUUGGCCAGGCGAUGGCUGCACCUAUGAUGUCCAGCAACCCUUUUUUGGGCGCAGGUCCAACUGCGCAAUAUCCAACAGGAGGUUCCUCAACGAAUCCCUUCUUAUAGCGUUCCAUCCACUUAGCUCUUUUUAAAGGUCGACUGCUGAGGCUUGCAGCUACUUCACUGUUUUGUUUCACAGGUAGCUUUAAAAACACGUUUGCAUGGAGGGUUGACACAGAUUGACGGGUAUGAGGCGACACUGCGUACAGCAGGGGUGUCCAAACCACAGCCAGACGGUGUUAAUUUUGGCCCGCGAGACUUCAAUAGUUUAAUAAGGAAUCUGUCCCGCAGGGUGCCUCCAACUUAAUUUUAAAUAUCUGACAGUAUAAUUGUUAACACUGUGUUGCCAUCUUGUGGGCAUCGUGCGUAAUUCAGGUUAAUGAAUAUGAAUUGCAUGUUGAAGUGUAUACAGCACAGCAUUUUUAUAUAUGACCCAAUCUGAGCAACCUUUCCCACUCAUGGCGUAAAUAAAGUAACAGAAAAAGUCAACACACACGGAACUUUGUAGAUAUUAUAAAAAACGUCCUAACACAACACAUAAUUAAAGUUUACACCUAUUUAAAUCCCCUGCAAUGCAUGUUGGAAAUAAUGCAAAACAGUCUCUCCACACUUAGCCAUGUUUGCCGCCUUUUAGCUGCUUGAUAUUUCUGAUUGAUUACAAAACUUAAAGGAGGUCCCCACGGAAGUAAACAAGGUAGGAGUCGACUUUCACAUACUCUUCAUAUCCGACCAUAUUCAUUAUUUACAUUAAUAUAAUAUGUGCAUGUAUGUAUAUGUAUAUGUGU